AUGCGAGCAGGGCAGGGCCUGGAGCUGCCCCUGGCAUCCACCAAGGUCCUGCUGGGCGCCAGCAGGGCGCAGAAUGAGCUGGCCUCCACAUUCGCCCUCGCGAAAAAGUUCAUCAGUGACUACGCCAACAGCUACAAGGGCGCCGCGAAGGGCGUGUGCUCACAGGGCGGCAGCGGUCAACGACCGCUAUGUGCGGCGUCGGGCACCAACUCUGCUGAGGAUCAGAGGGCGACCAUGAUGGUGGCUACGGCGCCUCAGGCCUACAGCUCCGCCUUUCCAGGAGACACGGGCGGGCCCAGCUACGUAGGGCCCGCCAAGGACCAGGGAGACUGCCACACGUGCGUGGCGUUUGUGGUGGCGGGUGCAGCACAGGCGGCGCUGGCUUCCGUCCUGCAGAAGCCGGGGUCAAACUUUGACCUGUCAGAGCGCCAGCUCUUCUAUUGCCCCCGCGACCCCAAGGCGCCCCGCCGUGAGCGCCUCUCCCCCUUUGUUCGCACUCGGAACCCCUCUUGA